GUCGUGGGGAGCGGUCUGGGACGUUUUCCGGCUAUCAAGCCCACCCGAAUGUACUGCUUUACCCUUCGAGAUGAUUGCGAAAAUUAUCACAAUAGAAUGUUUCGAGAAAGUCUUGGAUCCAGAGACUAAUUAUGAAAUCUGGAUCAGAGGUGGAGCGACCCAGAUGGAAAUACAACAGCAAGUGAAUCGGGAAUAUUUAGUCCUCUCUCAGCUUGCGAUACUUGAUCCUCCCGUUAUCCCGCGGGUUUUGGGUCUGUGGGGAGGUCUACAACGGGACUAUCAGGUAUGGGUCAUGAUUAUGGAGUUUGUAGGUGAGAAGUUGGAAGGUAAACUGGGCAAAGAGGAUAAAGCUGCAGUGGUGAACUUGUACGAGCGAUUACAUGCGGCGGGUGUUUUACAUGGUGAUGUCCGCCGUCGACACAUGCGUCGCCGUCGAGAAGUUUCGAAUCCUCAAGCCAUACGCCUCAUAGAUUUUGAUCGGGCUAUCGUUCGCUCGCAGCUGUCCGAAGGCGAAUGGCGAGAAAGCGUAGAGAACGAAAUGAAGGAAGUUAUCAAUGUUCUACAGUUCGACUGAUUAUCAAAAUUAGAUUUCUUACAUGGCGAACUGCAUAUUGAAAGGAUUGGACUUGGUGAGACUGGAGAUGAAGAUUAAAGCUCUCAGUUGGUCGAGAACUAAAGAAACAGAUUCAUCAACCGGGGAUAUAUGUAUCAGACGAAAAGCAUAGGUCUCUCAAGACUACAAGGGACCUCGAGGCCUGGAAGAUGACCUAUGGACGUUUCGACACGUUCGGAAUAUG